GUCGCUGCCAUGUCUGAAAGCUACGACGACGACAAGGAGAAGGGCUUCGUCCACGAUGUCGUUGCCGACGCUGUUCCCGGCGACCCGAUCAUCGCCAACCGCCUCGCGCGGUACGGCAAGCUUGGGCCUAUCAUGCAGAAACUCUUCGCUAGUGGUGUUGAGGCGAGAGGUGUCGAGAGGGUCCCGGAAAGCGAGAGGGAGAGCAAGAACGUGUGGAACAACCUCUUGAUGUGGUGGUCAGUCAAUUGUGUGUUGACGACCAUUCCAAUCGGAGUCUUGGCCCAGGAAUUCUACACCCUCACCCUCCCGCAUGCUGUUGCGGUGAUCCUCUGCUUUGGCGCUCUUGGUGCCGUGUGCACGUCGUUUAUCGCCAUACUGGGUCCCAAGACCGGCCUCCGAACGAUGAUCAUUACUCGGUAUAGCUCAGGCUACGUCGGCGGCUCCAUCUACUCCGUCUUGAAUAUCUUGACGCAGCUUGGCUUCUCGGUCACGGCAGUAAUUCUCGGUGGUCAGACACUGGCGUCGAUUAACCCAGGAACCCUUCCCCUUGUAGUCGGCAUCAUCAUCGUUGGCAUCUGCAGUCUGAUCCCCUGCUUUGUUGGCUACAACCUCGUGCACAUUUACGAGCGGUACGCUUGGAUAGUUGUGUCCAUCGUCAUGCUCUUCCUGUGGGGUCUUGGUGGGCACGCCGGUUUCGACAUCAGUGCUCAGAAGGCGAACGAGGACACCGGCAGAAAUUUGUCUGCGGACAUUCUCAGCUUUGGAGGAAUUGUCUUUGGAUCUGUCACCGGCUGGGCACCAGUUGCAGCUGAUUACAACUGCAGGCUGCCGGCCAAUACAUCCAGUGUCCGCGUUUUCAUCCUCACGUUCUUAGGGUUGUUCAUUCCGAUCACAUUCGUUGAGAUCCUCGGUGCUGCCUUGAUGACAAUUACUGAGCCGGCAUACGUCGACGCGUUUACGAAUAGUGGCACUGGUGGUCUGCUGAGCCAGGUACUCUCCCCAUGGAAAGGCGGAGGCAAGUUUAUCCUUGUCCUGCUCGCGAUGUCGGUCGUUGCAAACAACAUCCCAAACACUUAUUCCGCCGGCCUGUCGAUGCAGGCCCUUGGCCGCCCUUUUGCCAUCGUCCCACGCUUCUUCUGGGUGUUCCUUGCCUUUGUCAUAUACACCGUCGCCGGCGUCGCUGGUCGCGAACACUUCUCCGAGAUCUUGUCCAACUUCUUGAGUAUCCUCAGUUACUGGACAGCGUUCUUCAUAGUCAUCGUUGCCGAGGAGCAUUUCAUCUUCCGUCGUCCCAACGGGCCGCUCGGAGGGUACAACCUCGACGAUUGGGACACACCGAGUCGCCUCCCCGUUGGUGUAGCCGGUAUUGUCGCGGGCUGUUGUGGUGUUGCUGGCGCCGUCGUCGGCAUGACCGAAGUCUGGUACACAGGACCGAUAGGCAAAGCUGCCGGCGGUUUGUUUGGUGCCGACCUCGGCUUCGAGCUUGCUGCUGGCUUCGCGGCCGUUGUAUACGCACCAUUACGCUGGCUUGAAAUCAGACUCAUGGGACGAUAGCAGGGCUUUCUUUUUCGGAUAACAAGGGACGGCUUCGCUCCGCUACACAAUUAAUGUUUUCUCGG